AUGAUCCCUGAAUUCAAGAAAACUUUAAUAAUAUACCUACAGCUAGAGUAUAAAAACUUAAUGAUAUUAACUUACACAAACCCAAAACUUAAUUCCAGGCUAUGUAAGCAAAGCACACGCAUUGGAUAUUCUUGGGCUCCCAUUGACUUCUCUUUCCAUUUUUUCUUAACUGUUUUCAUUCCCGGCUCUUGUUUUUCUUAUAUGCCCUUGGCUUUUCUUGUGCGGCUGCGUUUGGUCCUCGAACUUGAAAUGUUCAAGAAAAACUACCACCAAAACGAUGGUCUCCUGCAUGCGCACCCCACAUCACCCGCGACCUCAGCAUACAAAAAUAACCAAAAUAAUUUGCAUGAAGUGAUUCACAACAAAGGAGGUGUUGGCUUAAAAACUUGGGGGACUUGUGUUUGCUUUUCUUAUAUAAGUAGAGCUAAAAGUGUGUAA